AUGCUUAUGUACGGUGCCCCUGUAUGGGUGGAGAAGUUGUGCGCCACUCGCAAAAUAAGAGACUCGGGACUAAACCGAGUCCAGAGGCGAGUGGCGGGCAGAGUUUGCAGGGGUUACCGUACGGUAAGCGGAGUCGCCGUGGGGGUCCUCUCUGGAGUGCCCCCAGCUGAUCUGUUGGCUCGCAUGUACGCCGAAGUGUACCGGCGUAUAUGCGGGCUGAGGGCGGCGGGAGAGGUCGUCACGGACCGUACCCGCGAGAUAUUGAGGGUCCACUAUAAACGAGUCCUCAUCGAAAGAUGGAAGGGCAGACUCCAAGAUACGAGUCUGCCUGGAAGGAGGACCGUUGAGGCUGUCCUGCCCUGCCUGGACGAAUGGUUAGGCAGGGCACAUGGAGGCGUUACGUACAGAACGACCCAGGUGCUCACCGGACACGGCUGUUUCGGUGAGUACCUGGGCCGAAUAAGGAAGGAGAAAACAAAUGCCACCACUGCAGUCAUCCAAGGGAUGACGCUCAGCACACCCUUGCGGACUGUCCCGCAUGGGUGGGCGAAAGGGCCGACCUGGUGGCUGCAGUGGGGCGGGACCUAA